GUGAAUUCGCGAAUUGUUAUUCCAGUGAUUUAGUCGUGCCUCCAAUGAACUACCAUUAAGCGAUUUUUGUUUUAAUGUUUAGCAAUCAAUUUUGAUCAUGAUUGGGCUAUUGGGAAUAUUAGUCUGCAAAGCGAUUUUUGUGCUUGGUAUAUCGGAGCCUAUUAUCAGCCUACAGAGUGCUGCAGAACGAUUCGAAAAUUCAGUGCAACAACAGACUUUCCAAACCGUACUGACAGCAAUUGAAGAACGCCUCCAUAAUCUAGACAACAUCUAUUCCAUGCAACUAUCCGAAACACUCGAAACCAAACUGGAUCAGUAUCAUCGAAAACUGGAAGCGUUGGACACGAGGAUCAUACGUCUCGAAUCCCUGGUUAUGAUGAACUUGGAUAAAAUUUCAGAAAAUAUCAGCACAAAAAAUUACAAAGAUGACGUUUCACGAACUCAAACUUAUAGAAAACUGGAUAAUAUUUACGACGGUAUAAGUCACAGAGUUAGUUAUGUGGAUAGGAAGUUUGAAUUGGUGUUUGAUAAAAUACAGAGCAAGGUGGAUUUAACUUUACAAAGGUUGGAAAGAAUGGAAGAAGACAUGGUACAAAGAAAUACAGAUAUAGAAUCGGAAUUGUCCGAAACUAUAUCUAUUCUUGAGGAUUACAAAAGUUCAACAGCCAACACAGAGAUUUUCCUUUUGAAUAUGACUGAUAUGUUACGGGACUCUGGUUCCCGUGGAGAUGCUCAAUCAAUUAACAUGAGUAUCUUUAACUUUAUGAACAAUUUCAAUGAAACAUUCUCAAAUAGAUUCGAUUUAUUGGAAGAUAAUACAUCAAAAUAUGUGAAUAUAACCGAGAAAACGAAUACAGAUUUAAAUUCGUUGAAGAUGGAACUAAAAAAGGAUUUUAAUGCUUAUGCUAAUAAAGUGGCUGAUAUGAACGUGGAUAUUUGGAAAAGAAAUGACAUUGUUGAAGAAAGUCUCAAAGUUAUUGAAAAUAUGACCAAAUCCACCAGAACAGAAGUACAAAAUGGAGUGAGAGCGUUAAUGCUGCAAAUUGGUAAAUUGCCUGGUAAUGGAAAAUUGAAUAACGAUAAACUAUCAUUAGAGUCCUUGCAAAAGAGCGUUAACAUAAGCCUAGACAAAAUUAUAACCAAUCAAGAGUUAUUCCUUGAAAGCUGUCAUCGUGUACAAAUGGAUGAAUCUCAAAUUGAAUCAGAAAUUAGUGUUAUGUUGGGAAAACUGAUCGAUAUGCUAGAGACAAAAAUGACUACUGUGAUGAAAGACUUGAAAGCCUUGGAAAAAACCGUAAAAAAUCAUGACUCGAGAUUGAAUAGAAAUUUGAAUCAAGCAAACACAAACAUCAUAUCACUUUUUGAAAAAACUACAAGAGUAAAUGACCUUAUGGAAAAAGCUGUCGAAGAAAUUAAAUUUUACAUAAACUCCUUGUUUACAUUUGUGCAAGAUGUUUUACCGAAAUUGGAUAAUGGUAAUAUAACUGAGAGCCUGCUUUACGACAUAUCAGUCAACAUCUCCAAUUUAAUUCUGCUCACGAAUGCAAGCAACUCAAACGUGGAUAUCAAAUUAAGCCAAAUGGAAAAUAAUUUCGUCAAAAGUAUUGCCGCACAUGAAAAAUUCAUAACUGAAACGAAAAACUUGACUGAUAAGCUUUUAAUUGAUGGACUCAAUAAUCAAUCACACAAAAUUACCGAAUCGUUAGUUGAACUUAAAAAAAUCGUCAAAAAAUUAAAAGCAAAAAUUAACAAUAAUAACAUCACUGACAUUUUUCUUGAUAAUACAUCUGAAACCACUACCCAAUCAAGCCAAUAUACAGAAACCAUUUGCACACAAGACUAUAAUGAUUUGAUAGACAUCAGAGCUGGCGACAAAGGCUGUCGUACAAAAGCUGAACUUCUUAACAAUCCGCAAUUGAACAAAACUAUUCUAGAAAUUUUUGGUACUCCCCCGACACCUUUACCAACCAACGACAGUAAACAACCGACAAUUGAAACGAAGAAAAAAUGUCCUCCUUCUUGGUCAAAUCUAAUUGAUAUUCGGGCUAGCAGUGAUGAUAACUGCACUUCAACAACUACCGGUAAUGCAAAUAAAAGAAAAUUGAAAAAAAGACGUCCCACUGGCAAAACGAGGAUACGAUUUAAUGAAGACAAUAGUUUAACUGGGACAAAUGCUGAUUAUGAAUAUUCUGAUUUAACUGAGACAACUACUGAAGUGACAACAGACACAGGUUACUUACAGACUACUACUGAAAGUGUUGAUAACGUGACAGUAUAGUUGGUUUUUGAGCACAUAAAUAUGUAUACAAAAUAAUAUAAUAGCUUGUGAAUUUUCUAUAGGUUUAAGGCAUAAUAAAACGUUUCAUACAAAUACAAGGUUUCUGGUUUCUUUCUUUGUG